AUGGCGGUGAACGGCGUGAGCAUCAACCUGGUGACCUUCAUGAGGGUGGUGAUGCAGCUGGACAACGCCAACGCCGCCAAGCACGUGAGCAACUGGUCCGGCACCACCUACGUCUUCUCCAUCGUCGGCGCCAUCAUCGCCGACUCCUACUGGGGAAGAUACAAGUCCUGCAUCAUCUUCCAGCUCAUCUUCCUCGCCGGGCUGGUGGAGCUCUCCAUAUCCUCCUAUUUCUUCCUGCACAACUUCAGCUGCAAAUCGGAAUCGGGUGACACCAAGACCUGCAGGACACCAUCGGCAGCGGAGAUAGCGAUAUUCUAUGCGGCCAUAUACAAGAUCGCGCUCGGGAACGGAGCCUACCAGCCCACAAACACGACGUUCGGCGCCGACCAGUUCGACGAGGAGCACACCAGGGAGAAGAGGUCCAAGACGGCCUUCUACGGCUACUUCUUCGUGGCCAACAACCUGGGCAGCCUGGUGGCCGUCACUUUUCUCACCUACAUGGAGGACCAGGGGAGCUGGGCGGCCGCCUUCGUGAUCUCGGCGGCGGCGGCUCUCCUCGGCCUCCUCCUGUUCGCCGCCGGGACCAAGAGGUUCAGGCACUUCAUGCCCUGCGGGAACCCUGCCGCGACCGUGGGAAAUGUCUUCGUCGCUGCGACGAAGAAGAGGCACCUCACCAUCCCAGCCCAAGUGGAAAAACUGUAUGAGUUGGAUGGAACUCACAGCGUCAAUGGGGGCAAGAAGAUUGCACACACACCAGGAUACAGGUUUUUGGACAAGGCGGCGGUGAUCGAGGACCCGUCCAUCCUUCUACCGGGCGAGCAGCCAGCAUCCAGGCCGCGGCGUCUCUACACGGUCACCCAAGUGGAGCAAGUGAAAUGCAUCCUUCGACUCAUUCCCAUAUGGCUCUGCAGCAUCAUCUACUCCACCACAUACUCGCAGAUGUCGUCGGUGUUCAUCGAGCAAGCACAGGCCAUGGACAACACCCUCAACAAGCUCACGAUCCCCGCCGCGGGCAUCGGCAUCUUCGAGAUCAUCGGCGUGACAUCGUUCGUCUUCAUCUACACGUUCUGCAUCGCCAAGCCGCUGUCGAGGCGCUCAAAGGAGCCCACCGAGCUGCAGAGGAUGGGCAUCGGGCUGGUGAUAUCGACGGCGGCGAUGAUCGCGGCGGCGCUGGUGGAGCGGCAGAGGCUGAAGCACGCGGAGCGGUACCGGCUGAGCGUGCUGUGGCAGAUCCCGCAGUACCUGCUGAUCGGGGCGUCGGAGGUGUUCAUCCGCAGCGGGGGCCAAGCCGGGUGGAUACCGCAGAACCUCAACCAGGGGCAUGUGGACAGGUUCUUCUUCCUCAUCGCCGCGCUCAACGCGGCCGACCUGGCCCUCUUCGUGCUGCUCGCCAAGAGGUACAGGGGGGUGGCGAAGCCCGCGGCGGCGGCGGUGGCGGCCGUCGGGCCGAUCAACAAGACCAUCUGCCCCAACGACGUCGUCGUCGUCUCGCCCGACGUCGGGGGCGUCGCCAGGGCGCGCGCCUUCGCCAAGAAGCUCUCCGACGCGCCCCUCGCCAUCGUCGACAAGCGGCGGCUGGGCCACAACCAGGCGGAGGUGAUGAACCUCAUCGGCGACGUGAGGGGGAAGGUGGCCGUGAUGGUGGACGACAUGAUCGACACGGCCGGGACGAUGCACAAGGGCGCCGAGCUGCUGCACAGGGAGGGGGCCAGGGCGGUGUACGCCUGCAGCACCCACGCCGUGCUCAGCCCGCCCGCCGUCGAGAGGCUCUCCGGCGGCCUCUUCCAGGAGGUGAUCAUCACCAACACCGUCCCGGUGCCGCCGGACCAGCGCUUCCCGCAGCUCACCGUGCUCUCCGUCGCCAACCUCCUCGGCGAGACCAUCUGGCGCGUCCACGACGACUGCUCCGUCAGCAGCAUCUUCCAAUGA